ACGCCUGCGCAGAUUUCCGACGACUGUGCUACUCCAUCCAAAGCCACAGUACAGCGCACAGCUAAAAAUAUGGCUGCUUCCGAUCUAGCGCUAGCCAAAUUCAUUUCGGUUUCUGACCGCUUAAACGAAUUUGAGGCUCAGAUCAACACUCCGGAAUCCGCAGCUCCAACCGUCACGAUGCUUAGCGUCCGUCGCGACCAAGUCCGAACCCUAUGGGACAAGGUUGAAAAGGAAUUCGACCUCUGCUCAGAGUGCCUUGUGUCUGCAGGCGAAGCGGCAGCAAGCAACAUGCCUAUUCUCAGGGCUAAAUACAGUUAUUGGGAUUCAGUAUAUGAAAGGUGUGUUGCCCAGCUCGUUGAUAAAAUCGAGCAGGGCACUUCUCAGUCCAUCCCAACCGCGAACGCUGCGCCCCAGGCCUACAUUUCCUCUGGCUGUCGGUUGCCUCCAUGCGAUACAGAAGUUUUCGCAGGCGACUAUCUUCGCUGGACGACUUUGCGGGAUCUUUUCACAGCCAUUUAUAUCAAUAAUCCACGGCUGACUCCGGUUGAAAAGUUAUUCCAUUUAAAUGCCAAAACAAGUGGCGACGCGCAUGCCAUAGUUUCGAUUUCGCCUCUCACCAACGAGGGUUUCCGCUCUGCGUGGGAAAACCUAAUAGAGCGUUUCGAAAAUAAACGAUUGUUGGUAAACAGUCAAUUGAAAAUACUGUUUAAUGUGCAGUCGAUACUACAGGAAUCUGGGGCGGCCCUGAAGGUACUGCAAAGUACUGUUCAAGGUUGCUUGACUACCUUAGAACUGUCAGCUGGUAUAUCUGUGUUCAUCCAAGCUCCCGAAGAUAACUCUCUCCUUAUGGGAGCAGUCGCUACAUAAGAAAGCCGACAUCCCGACAUAGGGAGAGCUGAACACCUUCCUCACAGAACGUCAUCGAACCCUAGAGGCAAUCGAUGAUGUGAGACCGUCCGUACCAAGUAAGUCGCACUCCAAAGCGAUGAACUCAAGUGGGCCCUCUAGAAAACUAUUCCUAUGAGACGAAAGUGGCUCCAAAAUCGAAAAGUUGCGACUUGUGCAACAAGGAAAACCAUCCUGUCCGUGUAUGUCCGCGUUUUCUCCAAAUGUCGGUUGACGACCGAUCAGCCUACAUUAAACGGAAGCAGUUGUGCUUAAACUGCUUUGCAAAGGGACAUCAGCUUCGUGAGUGCAAAAGCACGCACAAUUGUUUUACUUGCCGUGGCCGGCAUCACACGUUGUUGCACCGAAACAACCUCUUUUCCAGCAAUUCAAGCCCUUUAAAUCCUGCAAGGCCAAUUUCCGCUAAUAAGGCCAAUUUCGUUCCAAAUGAGC